AUGCUAAAAUUACAUACUUUACUGGAAAAUUGUCAAAAUUUUGAAGCUCUCAAAUUAUGUGAUGACGCAGCAGAGGAUAGUGAUAACGAAAAUGAAGAAGUCUUGAAUGAAGAUGACAUCAACGAUGGAUCUGAUGAAGCGGAAGUCGAAGUAGAUAAUGACGAUCCUGAUGACCAGACAGUCCAAUCACUGGAAAAUAUUUUCGCCGAUGAAAAAAGCGGCAAAAUAGUAAAUAUCCGGUGUGCUGCUCAUACUUUGCAGUUGGCCAUUGACGAUGGCAUAAAAAUGAGCAAGAUUGAUAAAUUAAUUGCUAAGGCUCGUAAAGCAGUCAAAUAUUUACGGAAGGAUUCGGUCAUGAACCAGAUGAAAAAACUAUUUCCCACUAUUUCGAAACCAGUGUUAGAUGUAGUAACAAGGUGGCAUUCCACGCAUGACAUGCUAGCUUCCUUGUUAAAUUUCAAGGAUUUCCCUACAGAGAUAAAAUAUUUAAGUGGAAAAGAUUGGGAAAAUAUCAAUAUUUACGUGGAAGUUUUAAAAUCAGCAAAAAUGGCCAUAAAAACGUUCCAAAAUGAGCAACUUAUCAUGCCCGAAUUUUUUUCUACUUGGCUAUUGUGCAAAGAGCAGAUUCAAAAAAUUGAUAACGUAUUUGCAAAGAAUAUUGUUGAUUGCAUGACGAAUAGAGAAAAGAAAUUAUUACAAAAUGAAGCUCUAUUAGGAAGUAUUUUCUUAGAUCCACUGUUGAACUGUUUGUUAGAAGAAGAUCAGAAGACUUCAGCUAUCAAUCAUCUAGAAGAAGUGUGGAUAAAACUUCAAAAAAUAAACUCAUCUACAAUAGAAGCAGAACGAAAAGAUCACUGUAUGGACAUUGAUGAAGAUAAUUCAAGUGAAAAAAUAGGUAUGAUGCCAUCAAUAUUAAUAGAAAAAUUACACAAAAAAAAAAAGCAAAAAUGGACACUUCAGGAAUAG